UCAAAACCCUAAAAAUAUAUACAACAAAAAGAGCUAGAGAUCAUACAGAGAAUAUUUAUAUAUGAAAAAAGAAAAAAGAGAUUAACAACAACCUAAUAAUAAUAAUAAUAAUAAUAAUAGGCAAAAGCCUCUCUUAUCUUUCCCCUUCCCCUUCUCUCCCUUUAAUUCUUUCUCUCCUUUUUCUCUCUUUGCUUUGCUUUCUUGCCUCUGGUAUUCUCACUUAGUGUGAUUCUCCACCAUAUUUUCUUUCCUAAAGACCCAUCAAACUUUACAAAAGAAUAGAAAAGAAAAGGAGAAAAAAGAUCAAAAAAGAAAAAGAAGAAAAAAGAAUUAAAACCAUGGUUUUCUCUUCAGUUCCAAUCUAUUUAGAUCCUCCCAACUGGCAGCAGCAGCAACCAAAUCAACAACAAGGAUUUACCAAUGAAACUCCCCAUUUUCCAUCUCUUCCUCCUCCUCCUCCUCAAGUUGGGGGUAGCGGCGGCAGCAGUGGCAGUGGCUCGAUUAGACCUGGUUCGAUGGCAGAUCGAGCCAGGUUAGCAAAGAUACCACAGCCAGAAGCAUCUUUAAAGUGUCCGAGGUGUGAAUCAACAAACACCAAGUUUUGCUACUUCAAUAAUUAUAGCCUUUCUCAACCUCGUCACUUUUGCAAGACUUGCCGGCGAUACUGGACUAGAGGCGGUGCUCUUAGAAAUGUUCCAGUAGGAGGUGGAUGCAGGAGAAACAAGAAAAGCAAAAGCCAAAGUAACUCAAAGACUCCAGUUUCUAAUACUAAUGAAAGGCGAAUGGGUUCAAAUUCAAGCUCAACAAGUGCAGUUCCUUCAGAUAUUAUAAGCCAUUUGCCUCCACAAUCGAGUCAUCAGUUACCUUUCUUUUCUUCUUUGCAUAACCUUACUCAAUUUGGUGUAGGCAAUAUUGGGUUAAACUUUGGAGGAAUUCAAACAAGUGGUGCUAAUGGACAAGCUGACAUGGGAUUAUUUCAAAUAGGAAGUAAUAAUAAUUCAGGCAUGACUAGUAGUGCUAUGUUAUCAAAUGGAGGAAUGCAACAAUUCCCUUUCUUUGAGCCACCGCCAGCUACUGGGUUAUAUCCAUUUCAUCAAAGUGAUCAAGGUAUAGAAGCAUCACCAUCUUCCAUGCUAGGUGAUAAUAGUCAGCUUAUUCCAUCAAUGACUUCUUCAAGCUCUAGGGUUUCUCAGUCACCUCCAGUGAAGAUGGAAGAUAGUAACCAACAAGGGUUAAACUUACCGGUAGUUUCUUGGUAUCUCAGAGAUCAAUAAUCAGCACUGGAGAGGAAACAGAUUUUUCAGGUCCCAACUCUUCUUCCACUUAGCCAUCUCUUAUAAUUUACACUUGAUCGAUCGUUUCCUGAUUGAAGAACGUUCUAAGCUCAAAACUCUAUCCCUAUAGAGCAUUUGCUACUUAGCGAUAAUUUGACGUAAAAUUAAGUUGCAUUGCAUAUACGCAACGCACGAUCUACUGAAAACCCAGCUUAACUUGCCAGUUCCAACCCUCAAAAAACGGUGACAUUGCGCGCUUGAGUUCAAUGAGGAGCUGCCUCUCUUGAUCAUACGAUCCGAGGGAAAGAUGGCAGCAAAAAAUGGUAGAAUUAAUGUUUACUUUAAAUUUGUUUCCUGCUUUGUUUGUUUCAGUCGUGUUUCUGGUCUGUAUUAUUUUAUGGCUUGUUUGAGAGUUUGUGUAACGAGAGAGAUGAUGGUGUUUGUUAUACCUGACAUGGUCAUGCUGAACUAUUAUAUCAAGAUAACGCAUCUUUGUCUUCAUUGCGUUAUUUUAAUUA